GGCUCUGCUCUGCUCUGCUCUGCUCGGUGCAGCUGGAGUUUGUUCACGCGGAGCGGCAGACAGACAGGACGGUGUGUGCACGAGGAGGGGACAGACUGAUACAGACAGACAAACAAUCAGGGGAAAGUCCGGUAAGGUCGCAUCCUCCUGCAUCACUACAGCGGUCAGAUAUUGUAGCGUUUAGAUGGGUUAAUCCAAGUUUAAUGCAGGUUUUUGCGGAGCUGAGGCGGAAUGGGUGAUCCGUGCUGGGCUCCACUUGUUUCAGGAGGAGACUUUUAGGUCAGUGCAUGAUUGAGGAGAUGUGUUAAUGCAGAAAUUUACUCCUGGAUUAACACACAACACAAAAAGGUGCAUGUUUAAGCUUACCCCUGUGUAUGAUAUAUCAGUUUGGCAUAAUUGAAUAAUCAUUAGCGGCACAAAAAAAGAAAUAAAAAGCAGCAUGUCACUCAUCCGGCUCAUAAAUGUGCCUUUCAGCAUCUUAAAUCUGUGAAAACUUGAAUGAACUUUUAUGCUUUCUGAUGCAUGGGCGGAGUUUAGUGCAGGAUAGUUUAACUCUUGGCUGCACAUAUAGAGUGAUGUCUACUAGGCCUGCACAGUGUCUGAAUAAUAGGAGAUGUGCAAUUACAUGGCUCAGGUAUGGAGGCCGAGAACCGGCACUGCUGCAAAUAAAAAAAGAAUGCAAAAAAAAGAAAGAAAGAAAAAAACGACAAAAGGAGUUAUUGAUUAAAAAAAAAGAAAACCGAAGCCUGCUGCAGAUAAAAAAGCCACAACAGAAAUUAACGACACACAAAAAAAAAGUGGCGAUGGGAAAAAAAAGUUUCUUACUGCAAAAGUAAAAGGAUGCAAAUAAAAAAGCCACAACGGAAGUGAGCUGUCGGGGACCAAUAAUGAUGAGGCACUGGGGUUUUACGAUCUAGGCACAGAAGACGAUGGCAAGAAACGAGCAAAGAAGUUAGAAAAAAGGUUAUUGUUUAAUUUCGCCUCCUUUGCUUUUCAAUAUGUCACUUGGUUAGGCCAUGUAGCACCUGUGUCGAUAAGAAGUUGAACUGAAGCUAACGCUACACCGGCUGACCACUUGCUUCUCUAGUUAUACCAACUUUAGUAACGACCACACAAUAGCAAUAUACAGCGGUUUAUGAAACCACACACAAACUUUAACCAAAACGCCACUCUAUAGCCACAAAUAAUGCUUAGAACAGCACCUAACUUCAUCAACAGUACAUAUAGGGUCCUAGCCAUAGCCCUAGCCACCAAACACCUUUUUAACUUUGCCUGAUUUCUUUAGCAAAGAGACUAAACACAACUCACCUACUCUCUUCCAGCAGCCGCUUGUUUGUAGUGAGACCUCCAGCCAGUCCAUUAUGGACUGCUGCAGGGUGACGCAGCUCAAGGAAGAACAUUAUGAUCAUUACUUUAUCAUUUCCUUGAAGUAAUAGCACCAUAUUUAUCAUUUUGCACUGCUGACACUAGUUCUUCUGCCUUAGCGUCUCUAUCUGGUUGCAUUUCCAUGAAGAAAUGAUCAGAAUAUAUCCCUUUAAUACCAUUUGGUCGAGGCAGCCAAACAUGCCUCCACAACUUAAGCGCUGCUCAAAAAAAGUUGCAUUGCUAGCUCCAUCUGCUCUGCCAGAUAUCCCAACAUGCUUUGAGCAGAAGUGACCUGAAAGCUAGGCUAGUUUGUUAAAUUAUUAGCCAGAUCUGCCACCUAAUUUAGCUAGUUUUGAGCAACUCUAGCCCAAACCCUUGUCUGGGUGUUAGAGUAAGUUCCUCUAAAAAAUUUUAAGCACCUAUCUUUGCUGUGAAAAAGCUUAUUUGUCUUUGCACUGUUUGUGAAUACAACACAGAUGUGUUUAUGUGCUGUUGUUGUUGGUGUUGUAGGACACACUUAGCUAGAGCUUUAGCAUCCCAAUAGCUUUUAUUAUUUUACGUGGACUCUGCACUCUAACUUGAAGAAGGAACUUGUAUAUAGCUGAAGCAAAGGGCAGCCGUUUUUGGCAAAGUUGUUGGUUUGAUGGAAUAAGCUCUUUUUCUGAUUUUAAACUAAAACAUCCAAUGAAAAUGAGGCAGUGUUUGGAAGAUGGUGGUAAUAGUUUAAGGUUAGUUACAGGUGCAUAAAUGUUAUUAGAUAGCUCCAUUAUCCCUCACAGAUAAACUAAGUGGAUUUUAUUACAUUUUUCCACACUCCCUGUCCAUCCAUUACUCUCCUAUCUUCACUGUGUGUUUGUGUGUGUGUGUGUGUGUGUGUGUGUGUGUGUGUGUGUGUGUGUGUGUGUGUGUGUGUGUGUGUGUGUCAGGUGGGGAUUAGUGGCAGUGCCCUCUCUGUAUAGUUUUAGCACAGCAGUAUUUGUACUCACUCUGACAUUGGAGGUGUUUUAAUGCAGUAAGUGAUAAAGGGAACUUGAAAUACAGAGCAAUGCAGUAAAGGCUGCAUCACCUCAGCAGUCCACUUUACUGCAGCUGCAGAGCUACAACUACUCUGAUGCUAAUCUAGAAAACACACCAGCAGAGACUAAGAUGACUGAAGGUCACUGAAUAGGCUGAGUGUACAUUUAACCUCCCUGACAUGGUCGGCUGACUUGUCAUAAAGCUGACAUGUCUGAUAUCAAUGCGCACUAACUGCUAUUACUGUAAACCACUCUGGUAGUUUGAUUCAUAUACUCUCAGUUAUAAGUGUGCACGUGUAUCAGGCAGACAGUGCAAAGCCAGUAGUCCAGAUAACUUAUGUAACAACCUCUGAGUCCAUUUCUGUUACGUGGAUUUGGCACAAACUAAACUUCCUCUCAGAUAUUAAAGGGAAAUGUAUAAAGUGGCUGUAGGCUGCCAUAGCUAACCUUUUACAUACAUAGGAUAGUGAAGUUGCCAGCUCACAUACAUUUAUAUUAUUUAGUGGUACUUUGUUGUAUAGACUAUAUUGGUCAGAAUCAGCAGCGUUACACUGUAUAUUCCCAGUUUAUUGCUAUCUUUUAAAUCCUAGAGGCUUAUCAGGUUAUAAAUGUAUUUUAAUAUGGACAGACUGACAGUGUCACAGCAGUCCUAGACUCUUUAUGCUCCUUUAGAAAGACCCCAUUAUAUAUAUAAAGACCCCAUAUAUAAAUCCAGUAUAUGUAGCUGAUGUUGUACCAUGUUCAUUUAAUUAACCUGACUGACAGACAUCUCUUUUCACUGUAAAUGUCAACUGGUGUUUCUAUUGAUGUUUAUCUUCAGAAGGCCUGCAGCAGGCUGACCUGCUGCCCCGUGACACUUUAACCUCCGCGGAUCAAUGAGCUCUGUGCUGUAAGCUCCGCUGUCCCCCUACCGCUACGUCUGGCUGGUUAAAGCUCAUUGAUUAGGAUUGGACAUCAGCCAGAUUAGUGACUAUUAACAGAGUAGUAGCUCUGUGUGUGUGUGAGUGAAAGGGAUUUGAAGUGACUCUGUGUUUGUGUGUUAAGGGUGGAAACGUUUACUGGAGCACAACUGUAACAAACAGCACAGGCAUAGACUUCUAUUAGCCGGGACACUGUGAAAUCAGAGGAUGCUUCUAUAUGAUCCAAACACUUGGUAGCCAACAUAGCGGCUAUGGUCUCACAGUCCUGUAAACAAGACAUAUAAACUGAACUUGUUCUUAACUUGUAAUCUCUUAAUUCGCAUUUUGGAAAGCUAAAUUGAUCAUUUCUACUUAGUAAGCAAGCUCAUGCACCAACUUUUCAGGAGUUAAUGAUAAUGCUAGCUAGUAAUCUGUGUCUCUUGUAUAGCCUAUAAUAGGAUACUCAGUUGGUUUGCAUGCACAGUUAAAUUGGCUACGGUUAUAGCUCGAUUAGGUGAUUUAAUUGGACUACUAUCAUUGUAUCGGUUACUGGGAGUGUUUCUACAGCUACUAGGCAACCCCUCCCCCCAUAACAGAUUCAGGAAUUAAAGAUUAAGAUAUAAUAACCUUCAAUCUUGUUUCUGAUGAUCUUGUUUGCUUUUGGAUAUCAUGAAGAGGCAUCAAUUUUAAAUGCAGUCGAUUUCAGUAACAUCGAAAAACUCCUCUCAGGAGCCUUAGAAAUAAGAUUAAACAUUAGGGAUGCACCGAUCCAAUAUUUGAUAUCGAUAUUGGUCCCAAUACUGAAGAAAAUUCUAGAUCAGGUAUUGUGACAAUGGGCCGGAUGCAUAGGGGCCGAUCUGUCAAGCUUGACGGCUACUUGCAGUACCUGCGCAGUAAACAUUGCGAAGGGCAGUGGUAAAACUUCAGGUUACAACAAAAGGUAAUUCAUCGCAGCUUUUCUGUAUCAGAAUGGGAUCGGUAUUGGCCGAUACUAAACUGUAGAUAUCUGUAUCGGUAUCGGAGGUGAAAAAAGCUUGUUUUUAAACAGGUUCUCUUUUCCCUAUAGGACUUUUGAUAUUAGUAUUUUUUAAUGCUAAGGGUAGCCAGGCUAGCUCUGUCUCAUUGUUUUCUGUCUUGAGGCCUAGGGUAUCCUCCAGCGGGGAACUUAACAAACAUGAAAGCCAUAUUAACAUUUCAAAUUUGCAAAAGAGGACCAACGUAUUUCCAAAAAAAUCAGAUAUUUCUUUUAUCCAACUGUAAAGAAAAGGACAAGUUCCAAGUCCCCAUAGAAUUUAAUAUGUGCCAACUCUAAAAUGAGCCAAAAAACAGAAAUAUUAAAGUACAUCAGCUAUAGAGUGGAAUAGAGUCAUCACAUCACACAGACUCGAUAUUGUACUGACUUGAAUGUUCCUACUUGAUAUCUUGCUUCAUAGAUGAUCUAAUUAUAGGAUUAUGUUGGUGGGCUCAGGUAUGAUUGGAAUUACAUAAGGCGAGAUCUAACACUCAGGAGAGCCAGGAUGCUGUCAGUCAAGCACAGUACAGGACAGCACUGUACAAAAAGUCCUGAGAGGCUGAUUGAGUGAAAGAUGCUGUGGGUGGACUUGAUUUGGAGAACAUUUGAAAUACUUUAGCGCCUAACUGAGGUUAAAUGUUGUUUUUUUCUUGAUCAGUGUACCAAUCAAAUGACUUUUUAUUUGAUGACUCUCUGAUCCUGCUUUUUUAAACAAGCAGUUCAUAAUGUAAGAUGCAUGCCGUGCUCUAUCCAGCAGAUGAUAUCAGUGUCACACAAAAGUACACACAACCCUUCCCUCCCAAAAAAAAUCACCAUAAGCAUAAAAACCUCAGGAUAUUGCUUCUUGAACAUUCUCAUUCAAUCCCUUGCUGUGCUGCCAAAACAACCCCAGAUCCCAUUUAAAUGAAAAGACGUGCCCAGAAAUAAACAUGGUGCUGUGGUUCAUAAAUCUAUGCUGUUGUGAUGACUGACUUCAGCCCAUUGUUUUCAUUUGAAAGUGAGGGAGCCUCAAAAACAAAAGGGAAAUGGAAGAAAAACGAUGGCUCACAGGAAAGAGACUGACUGUUUGCAUUCAGAUUACUCUGUGUUUCCUUGAUGUCUGCUCUUCUUUGCAUCUAAAUCAAGAAAUUUGUCUUUGUUUUCUUGACCUGAGGAAAAGAGGGAGGAAAUAGUCAAACAAACCCCACCUACCAACUAAAACAACAACCUGACAUUGUCUUUAUUUCAUUUUUCUUCCACCUAUGUCUCAUUUUUGAUACACCAGGCUCCACUUAACUUUUCUCUGUUGUUUAACCCCUUGUUCACACACAUCCACAUUAAUUAUUUAAGUUGCACAUACAUUAUCCUUGGUUCUGUAUGCACAGCUGUGUAUUCAAGUUUUCAUCUGGUCUAGGUUUCCUUCCAUAUGUACUUGGGACACAUUAUAUAAAGAUAAGCUUCAACAUAUUAAAUCUGUGUCUGCACAAGGCCAUUCUCUCUACUCUAAGUAAUCCAGUUAAGUUGGAGUGGAUGUACAGAGGAAAAACAGACACAUUUAGAUAAUUACUACAAACAUUAUUUGUGGCCUGCCAAUAAGAUUAAAGCUUUUAAGAAAUUAGAAACUCUCAAGGGACAUGCAGGUCUGUUUUAUGUUCUGUGCGUGCUUUCCUGUUUUUUUCUGGUAGGAAACUGUGAGGGGUGUGUUCAGCCUGAAAAGACUGCAUAAGAGUUUUUGUUGUUGUGGGCCCAUAAAUAUGACUUCAUUGAAACAGAGCAUGAUUUUGAUUCAGGUAGAAAGAGGUUUCCCCUCUGGUGACAAAAUAAGAUGUUGUUUAGGAAACACAACAUACUGAAUAUCGUCAUUGCUGUGAUUUAAUCUGAGCGUGAGGCUUUUUUUAGAGUGUGUUAUUGCUUUUUUUUUUUUCUUUUACAACAGUUUAACAACCUGCAGACAGUGGUAAAAGGUAAAGCUUGACAACUUAAAGCUUGACAGCCGAUUGUUGUAGAGCUACUUUGUUUGUGUUCAUAGUUACCACAAAGCAGCUACUUUAUAUGUGUAAUUAUCAAUGUGUUGAAUUUUUAUACAAGCUUUUUUAAUGCAACUGUUCUGAGGAAUCAGAUUUACAGAUAAGACUAAUGCUGUCUGUUUAAUGUACACUGGCUAUUAUUGAAUACCAGGCUGAAGUAAGUUUAAGUACAGUUGAUAUCAACACUGAAGGAACACAGCUUGUCCAAUUCUAUUUUACAAAACAAGCAUGUUUUUAACAGUAAGAAAACAGUACAGAAGAUGUAAACGACUUUCUGUUUGAUUGGUGUCAAAAUUGCUUAAGAUAUUCCAUUUUCAAUAUCUCUAAUACUAUGAAACCAUGUACUAAAAACGUGCAACCUGAACGAGCAAAAGCAACAAAAUCCUCCUGAUUACAUGGUUUCCUAUUUGAGACCAAGUCACCUAAGUAGAAGGGUCUGGUAUCAUUCGGUUUACUCCAUUUUUCUGGGGGAUGUUGGUCACAAUCAUAGACAUGUAUAUAGAAUGGACAGCGUUUGCCUCCUCGCUGGGGAUACAUUGUUUGAGCGGCGCGUCAUCACAGUGACUCUACCGCCGAAUUCGUACAAUGCUAAUGUGCAAGUGGAGGAGUGUGUACAACGCUACUGCACAAUGUUGGUUUCAGGAAAUGGAGAAAAAUCGUGGAAAUACCAAGAAUUUUUCGGCUUUGAAUCCGUAUACUGGCGGAAGGCAGAACCAAGUUGUCCAUAGUAUAUACAGUCUAUGGUUACCAUGCAUACCAAGGUGACUGGAAGCAAUAGCAUAUAGACGUACAACCAACCAGAUUAACGCUGUACGUGACGUAGUGUAAAGCGACAGGCAGCAGCAUCCACUGAAUGCUGUAUGUCAAGUUGAUUUUGUCUUCUUCAAAGGAUUUUAGUAGGACAUAUACGAUGGGCAUCUCCAAAUUAUUGAAUUUCCCGUCAGGAUCAAUAAAGUUAUUAUCUUAAAAUGUCUGAGUCCUAAGAUCAAAUGAAAGAAACACCCCAUUAGCUGUCAGUACCAAGAACCAGGGUUUGGUAAUCUUCCAACAAUAAUGAGCCUCACAGCACAUCUCCCCAGAGAAUAGUAAACUCUUUGACUUGAUUUGGGUUAAAAAUGAAAAAAAUAAUUGGUGUAUUUGGGUGUUGGUUCAACCAAAUGCUUUGUGCUCAGCAGUCCUCUUUAUGCGGUCUCCUCUGAGAUGUAGUCUUGGCGCUGUUUCAUCAUCUCUGUCAGGCUGUUUACCAGCUUUGCUUCAGUGCAUCGAGUCCCCCCCGGGGGGCAAACAGGACAGAUAGUAACACGCUCCUUUAACUCCGGCUUCACCCUUUUAACUAUCAUGUGUUUGUAUCUGCACUCUCAACACUUGUGUAGUUAUUGUUGUUUUAUGAGAGCAUUUCUGAACCAUCUUGUACCAAUUUCUGAGACUUAGACCAGCUGUUGUCCUACAUCAGUGAUUCAGUGAAGAAAAUGUGUUAGUUUUAUGUCAAUAAAUAAAUGUUCAAGGAUUUUUGGGACUUAGGUUUUAGUUUUGAAAAUUUGACCCAUGUCCCCGAAGAGAGUGAUGUAAUUCCAGCUUGGAUUGUUUUUUGAGGCUUUCUUGUAAAAAGGGAUAAAAUUGUUGACAUUACAUCAGAGUUCAACUUUAUCUUAUGUGUAUUUGAUUUACUAAAAAGAACAAACAAGCUAACCAUUCAAGGAGCUAUUGUGCUAUUAUAUUACACCAGGGUCAAAUACAGUCUUCUGCUGAGAAGAAUCGGUUGCCCUGUCCUCUGUCUCUCCUUAUCACUUUCUUUCGUCGUGCCUCUGGGACUCUUGCCCUCCUGAGGUUAAAGAGCAGCCGCAGCAGCUGUAAACCCCACCCCCCUCACCCUCUGAUUGGUCCCUGCAUUUUCCUGUACACUCAAACAGGCCCCUCCCUCCUCUUCCUCCUGUCUGUGCUCACCCAGAGCCUCCCUGUCAGUCUGUUUGGAUUAUUGUAACAGGCCAGGCCUUUCACAUGUGCUCCCCUCACUGCCCACUGCACAAACCAUAGUGAACAUCAGAGAUGGGGAGGAUUAGAUGACAGGGAGCAGCGUUUGCUUUUACCCCAGAGACGAGAGAGGAGAGAAGAGGAGCAAACAGCAACCAUGAAGUUAAAGUAAGUGGGAUAUUUGGGAUUUAAAGAAGGAAAAGGAGUGGAAAGAGUGAGUGAGAGUUUGGAAAUUAACAAGAGGAAAGAAAAACACGAAGAUUUAUGAUUAAAAAGGAGGAGGGUUGCUUUAAAUGAAGCAUUAGGAAAGUCUCCAUGCAGAAUAUGCUGUUUUUAAAGUUUUGGUGAGUCUGUUUGUGUAGUAGGGGAGAUCAUUAUUAAAACAUGCCUCAAUAAAUCCAGGAUAUUAACUUGGAAGCCUGGAAGAUGCAAGUUAAAGUUUAAGGUUGAGUUUAUCAUUGAAAUUCAGAUUGUUUACAGCAGGCAGAUGGACUUCAGUGCGCUUUUAUUAUGCAGGAGUUUGAUGUACUGUAUGCACGCAAGAAAAUAUUACUUUCCCUUCAUUUCCUCCUUCCUGUUUGUCAUGCUCUGUGACCUCAGCUCCUCAGUCUGCAGGUGCACCUACCCCUUCUGUGCCACUCUGUUUUUAUUCUGUGUUUUUAGAAGAAGUCAAUGCCAACUCAAAGUUUGUCUGCAAAGGCUUCACUUCUGUCUGUGAAACAUACAACACUGUCUCCCUGUAGACCCCUGAUCAAAUUGAAAAGCACUCGUUACAGAAAACAAGGUGAUGACCUGUGUCUGAGCUGCUGAUGUGAUAAAAUGUUGAUUCUUGCAGCAUCAUGAAGAAAUGUCGAGGGAAUCAAAAACGCUGCUUCCAGAUUUUGCAGGUUACUCCGAUGCUGUUAGCUUGCCACUUUAAGAGUAAACCGAAAAGAUAUUGUAGCUCAAACUGUCAUCCUGAUAAAAAGACCGCCAAAGACUCACUAAAAAUGUGUCAAAAUGGUUAGAUUUGAUUAAUAAGCUUUAAAACUGUCUAUCAAACAUAUAUAGCUCGCAACUGUUGACUACGAGCUGAUAGACUCAAACAGAUGGAAAUACGACAUUGACUAGAAUAUUGGAAUGUAAUUUUUCAUUGAAAUACAUCUAGAAAAAGUGUUUUUGUCCUGUAUUUGGGGGUUCAGCAUGUAAAUACUAAUAUUUGUUACAACAGCGGAUGGUGACACUUAUCUGUUAUGUGUAAGUCGCCACGUCCAACCAGAGAACAAACAGCACAAAUAUUAACUAACAACUUGAGGUGGAGUCAUGAUUUCACUUCUAAGAAAACGGUUAUCAGUGCUGCUGCAACACUAAACAAGUCUUAAGUCAAGAAAUGUGGUGUCAGAGUGUGACAUGAGAAGACCAUCUGAAAAUAUUAAAUUAUCAUACUAUAUUUAAUCUAACUUGAACCAUUUCAAUUUCAAGUCAUUGAAUGUGAUUUUAUGUAAAAAGUCAGUCUUGAAAAGAGGAUCAUUUUCUAUCAUAUACAGUAAAUGACUUGGCUCACUGUGUACUAAGAAGUAAGAGAAAUAACUUGUUUCACCUUAUCUGUCGUCUGUAAACGUUAGCAUGAAAACGAGUUUGACAUUCAUUGUAAUUCAAACAAUUUAUUGAUCCCUGUCUCUGUUAGUAUUGUACCAUGGUUGAUUUGUCAGAAACUUCCUGAGGUUAACUGGCUGCCUGUCAAUUACCAGUGACCUGAUAGUUUGGUGGAAAUGAGAAAAUUCUCACUGUACCCGGGCUGGCUGGUUUCUGCUAUUUGCAGUCUUGGUGCAAAGUUGUGAGUGGUUAGGAUAUUCUGAUCCAUAUCACAGACAGCAAGUAAAGCAAUUUCACGGUUGCAUUCAGGUUAUUUUUUUUUUUAGUUUCUAGCAUAGGAGGUUGAUCUUUAUAAAUCCCUGGUAAAUAUAUAUGUAUUGCUGAAGUAACAAUAUCUAACUUAAUUGGAAUUCUGCAAACUAUAAAAAUGGAUAUUGCUCAUCUAAUGAAAUGUUGAGUACCAUUUAAUUCACGCUUGUUGUAUUUUGUGUGGACAUGAGGUCAUUAUACAUGAGCGUCAUCAGAUUUUGGUUGACAGAUGUGCAGUGUGGACAUUUUUUAAGAGUCCUGUGUUAGCACAUCUGUAGGCUUUCAAUAGUGAAUGUACAUGCUCUAAAACACCCAGGCAGAGCUCUGUCUUAUCUUGUGGCACCAGAGUGCAUGGGUGGCAGAUAUAUUACCAAGUGACGCAUUCAUGUGUGUUUCCUCAUUCACUGAAGGUCAGCCUUUUUCUCAGUGACGUGAAUUUAACACGACAAACCCCAAAAGAAGGGACGUCCACAGAAAUACGACAAGGCUUUAAUAAAGAUCUCAAAUUUAUAGGACUGAAGCUUUACAAAACUCAAAAAUGGUGCUUGUGAAAAUUGCCACAGCAGAUGUAAUCGACUGCUGACCAUAAUAACUGUUGUUCAGACCCAUAAAAGGGGGGAGGGGUGAUGUGGGGGGUCAUAUAAAGGGGCGUUCAGGGUAAAGGCGUGCUCUGCUACUAUAAUCUCUCAUCUUCCUGUCCCCAUUGAAUGCUUUAGAUUAGAAUAAGACUGUUAUAAUUCAGGGGCUGGACUUUUUUCCGCCCUGCGCUGCAUUAGAGGCAUGGUCCCCUAAGUCCAUAGACAUGCAAAGCCCUUUAUAAACUAUCGCGUGACAUACAGGUGUUGAGUAGUUGUUGAAGAACCAGAUAAAGAAUUUUAUUUUUAUUUUUUUUUCUGAAUCUGUUGAUACAAAAAUGAAAUGGUUUUAUUAUCAUGAACUUAAGUCUUGCAUAAAGGCCAUUUAGUUGUCGUGUUGAAUUGAUUCUAAACACAAAGCUGAAACUGUAAUCUUAACACUGUAAACAUCUAUUAUGAUGAUAACAUGGUGUGUUUGUAGCUGUUGGUGUCAACAUAGUGUGUAUCAUUCAUCCUCUCUUGAUUAUGGUGAUUUUAAAUGUAAUAGGCAUUUGAACACUGUUGCCUGACUGAGUCGGUAAUCUUCAUCUCAUGAACCAAGAACAAGGAUGCAAUUAGCCUGGAUUAGCAUACAGGAAACAACAUGCAACUGUCUCUAAACCAUUUCAGCCAUGAUAGCAGAAUGAAGGUAGUGUGAUUUGCUGGUCUGUCUGCUGGACUGUCAAAUCGUAACAGCUGUUGGAUGGAUUGAUGGGUUCGUUUUUGUGGACAUUCAUGGUGUCCAGAGGGUGAAUCUAGAGGACUUUUAAGGAUCACCUGACCUCAACUUUAUUGCCAUCCUCAGGUUUAUGAUGAUGGCGUAAUGUCCACUAAGGUUGUCAUUUUUUUGGUACUUCAUAAUUUUUCGAUAGCCUGCAAUCUAAAAAAAUACAAUAUCUACUGUUUUUACAUUUAGUCUUAUCAAAAAGCACCAAGACCUUAUGGGAAGCAGGUCAUCACCUUGAGCUGCUGUGGAGAGACCAAGAGAGAGUCUUGGUAAACAAGAAAAAAAGGAACUAAGAGUAUUAUAUCUGACUUCUCAAAUUAGUUACUGUCUACAAAACUAUUAAACACACCUUUGCAGUAACAUGUAGGAAAAUGCAACAUGUUUUAUGUCUAUUGCUUGUCUUUGCUCCACCUUCCAUCACAGCCACAACAUUGUUAACUUUUCUCACUUACAGGUUGACAAAUACUGAAAUUAUGUUAAGUCUCUUUAGCAUCCUUAAAAAAUAUAUUUGUAUGUUAGAUUUAUAUUUGCUGAAAACAAACUGAUAACAGAGGAAAGAGGCAUCAGUGUCACAAGAGUUCAGCCUAAAGCUGCAGAGGUAAUAGUGAGCUUAGAUUUAAUCUUAGAACAGACCUGCAGUUUCCUCUGUUUUCAUUGUCGCCUAAAUGUUAAUGUUUAGCUCAUCACACUCAUUUGCUUCCAUGUUAAGGUGCAGCAAACACCACAAAUGAAACUUAAUGUGAAUUCUCUCUAUCUGAAAUAUUGCUUCAAGACUCAUUAAAUACACUUGUACAAAGAAUAACAUGAUAUCAUUAACUCUGGUUUAGAAUGUGAAAUGUUGUAUCACUAAAAGUUGAAUCAAACUAAGUUGUAGUUGCGCUGCUCUCAACUGAUAAUAAAACAUUAGCCAAGCAGUGAUCUGCAUGUGAAUGGACUUGUGGACUCCUGACCUGACAAACUAAUGAGACUUGUAAAACUUCAUGAAACUGUCAGUUAUGUAAGCUGACACUUUAAAGUGUUAAUCGGGGAUUUUAAAGAGGAAGUCAGCAGUCUCUAAAUAUACAGGUGUUUCUGUGACUCAGAGGAUAGCUCCUCUCCUGUCUAGAUCCACCUGUUUGCAUUCUCCGCAUUUUGUUUCUCUUCUUUUACAGUGUUUCUGUUCAGACCAGGCUAGUCAUUACUGUGCAGCGUGACAUGGCAUUUUGUGUGGAUAGAAACAGAGAGAUGGUGAAAACAGCUGAGCUCAGAGCUCUAGAAAGAGAAAAGACACCAGAGAGAGAUCCGAAAGAACAAAUUACUGCACAGUCAGAGUCUCAGUAACCAGUGCUGUACACCGAUUGUGAUCUAUGUUUUGUCAUCAUGUCAGUGAGUGGGAAAUGAGCUGGUUUCAAUCAUAUCUUGCCUGAGAUUACCUACCAACACUGGUUAAAGAUUAAUCUUGGUAAAAAUGGGUGGAUGGAUUGAGAAACUAGCAGACGUUAUUUUGUGAAUAUUACUGCUUGAAAGCCAGUUGGAGCUGCUGUUUUUGCUUCAUGGUGUCCUUCGAGGUUCCUAAUGCAUGAAGAGUCACAGUGUGGGUGUGAGCAGUGAAGCAACACAAACAGGUCAAGUGACAAGUUCUCUCUGCAGAGUGUGAAUGUGUUUAAGUGACGGUCCCUCUGAGCUACAAGUGUCUUUCAGUGAUGUAAUAUCACUGUUAUCUGGUUCGAAGGGAGAGGGCUCAAACCCUAACCUGUAAUUUUCAGGUGUGCUUCACUGUUGCCUUUGGACUGACAAUGUUGUUUGGUACAUCUUUUUAUUACUGAACGAUAUUUUUUAUUUCUUCAAUGACUGAAUAGAUGGAAAUUAUGUAUUGUGCUAAAAAUAUGCACACAGUAGUAGCUAGAAGUAAUUGGUCAAUAGUAGAGUGGGUUUGCGGUUCUUUGAGCUAGUUGCAACCUGCUGUAAAAUGGGGGAAGACAAAGAGGCAGCAGCAGCUGUGAAGAUAAACCAGCUUGCUAGCUAGCUGUAGCAGUCCUCUGAACACAUCCAAUACUUUUAAAACUAGGCUGAGCACCUAACAUUUAUGCUCUCUAAUCCUUUUGAUAAGUUGUUGGGAUCAUAGACUGUAUGGACAACUUCGUUCCACCUUUCACCAGUAUACGGAUUUGAAGCCAAAAAGCUCUCGGUAUUUCCGCAAUUUUUCCCCAUUUCCUGAAACCAACAUUGCGCAGUAGCAUUGUACGCAUUUUACCACUUGCACUGUAGCAUUGUACGAAUUCGGCGGCAGAGUCGUCAUGAUAGCGCUCGGCUCAAACAGUGUAUCCCCGGGUGAGCCAUGCAAUCUUUGUACACCCAUAGGCUGUAAUGUAGGUGUCAAUCAUAGAAAACAUGAACCCCCCAAUAACUUUUGAAAAUGGGGCCGUACAGAAAAAAAGAGGACUUGAGCACAAACCAGUCUUAGAGUAACUACAUGUCAACAUCACAAGCAGCAGGGAGAAAAAUUUAUAUUCUGUGUAAUAAAUUUCUAAAGUUGGUCCACAUCUCCAUAAGCUUUGCUGGCGGAAGCGGGAUUUAUGACCUAUACUGCAGCCCAUCACCAAAGGGUGCUGUUCUCAGGGUGGCUUCACUCAGCGAGGAGGCAGACGGCGUCCAUUCUAUAUACAGUCUAUGUUUGGGAUUCAGUUCAGUGACUUGUGAUCUAGUGGAAGUUGCAUACAAGUUAUUUCAAAAUAAAGGCUGGUCUUUACAAAAAAAACAAGUAACCAAACACGAUGGCAAAUAUAUCAAAAUAAAAGCAAACAAUAAUUUUAAGGUUUUACGAGCUUUUUAAAUUUUCUAAUUUACUCCAGUGCAAACAUUUUACAGGAAAUAACAGGUUUUAAAAAAGGGGAGUCAGCACACUCCCCAAACAAGUUUGCUUGCUAGUUUGGGAGGUUUUUGAAUUCUGUUGUAUGAAUUAAAUAAACUUGAAAGACUUGAGCAUAUAUUACCAUGAAAAGAGCAUACUUCGAUGAAACAAAAUGUGCAAGAGAAAUAUGCAGGUGAUAUUUAUUUGAAUAUGUUGAUGAAAUAGUGAACCAGAUAAACACUGUUCGAGUUUCUCCAAUGAGGCCUGUUUGCUUAUCUGGGAGUCAUGGAUUUGUGGUGGAAACCCUGUAUUCAGAUUUUCUUCAGUGUUUCAUAUCAAAGACAAAGAGAUAAAAAAGUGUGUUGUUUGCUAUAGAAGCUGGUGCCUGAGCCUAUGAACAGAAUUUGCAUUAUCCAAAUUAAAGGUGGCCUCCAUAACCUUGUAAACAAAGUAAUCUGGAGAGUUUAUGGUCAGUAGUAUUGCCAUGCGUCAUAUCUUGUUUUUGUUGUUAAAGGAUCUUCCAAAGAGAUAAGGUAGUAUUAUUCUACAGUUUUCUUAUUGUUCACCAUAUUACAGGAACCUCAGCACUGUCAGCCUCACUCUUCUGAGCACUGCCCUGAAAACUGAUUAUGUCAUGCAUCUGCACUGUUGACUUAGGGGCCAUUAUGUUUUUUCUCUUUCCUCUUGUUCUGUGUUCUUCUCCUUUGAAUGAUUCAGUGAGUUUGGCAGCAGCUAAGAUGAGAUCACUGGAACAGCCUCAGAGCUGCCAGGCAAAAUAAAAUGUGUGAAAAAGCUCAGUCCAGAUUUAACCAUGCAUUGUAUGGGAUGGGGUGGGUGAAUAAAAUAAAAACCCUUAAAGCUCCGCUCUACUUAGUAUUCACUGGUAGAUGAGGAACAGCAAUCUGAAAGAUGAAAUCAGUCAAAUGAGGCUGUAAAUUCCAGCCUUAGAAACUAGAUACCUCUGGGGAAAUGGUCAGCAUUCCUAUGUCAUGACAUUGAACAAUGUGUUUGACACUCAUUACCAUUUUUUCUGAAAAUUACCUCUGUCAUGUUGAUGAAGGAACCGCUAAAAAACAACGACAGUCCGCCUCACUGUGCUUUUAUAAUCUUCACCAGGUGUAAACUUGAAGGGCUCAUGUGUUUGGGCCUGUGUGUGAGAGUGCAUGUGUUUGUAGGUCUGCAGCUCAUCUCACAUACUACUGAACCUAGCAGCCUUGUAUUAUUAUGUUAUAUUCGAAAUGAAUAUUAUAGUUUUGCACAGUUUUAUCAUAUGUCUCAUUUCCUAAAGGCCCAUUCAAGGAAUUAAAAAAUGUUAACAUAUCCUGCAUCACAAAACAAAAAUAAUCUUUUAAAGACUUAAGAUUCAUGACGAAUCUCAGAGCUCCAACAUCACAGUAAUCAAUCAGGGGCAUAAAUGAAGCAGCAAGUUGUUUCUUUGCAGCAAAAGAAAAACGUGACUUAUUACUGAAAUACAAGCCAAGCCGCAGCUUCAGUAUCUUUACAAGUUUCUGUAUGUGAAGAGACAGAGAACAAUAACCCUACAUAUUUGUAAGAAGAUACAGACUCAAUCACAUGACAGGAUCAGCAGCUCUGUCUUGGAGUUUGUAAACAUCAUGAGGUGUCUCAUACAAUAUCAAAAGCAUGUUGUGAGAGACAAAGAGCCUGAUACCGUGUUGGAGCAGAUCACUAAAUGACAGUCUCACUAGUAAACAAAUGAAAAUUUGCAUUGGAGACAUUUUGACCAAUACUGUUGAAAUAAAUUGUAAACGACAGAGGUCCCAAAAUAGAGCCCUGAGGCAUGCCAUUUAUAAUUUCAAGAGAUCUAGAGGUGGUGAUGCUCCCUGCUUGAACACAUUGUGAUCUGUGGAUAUCAUAAACAGAUAGGUCCACGGUCUUGAACCCACCUCUGCAAAUCAAUUAAAUAACUACUUCUGACGAAACAGCAGAGGCAGGUUUUAACCCCAUUUGCAGAAAGAACCGUUUGAACUGUUACUGGCUCCUUGAUUGUCAAAAUUAGUGAUUGAGUCAAUCUUUUGAUGUUAGGGUUCAAACAAGACUCAUCUCAGUUGUUCCCAAGAGACCAUCUACCCCAGUAUUUCUCUACAUAUAAAUACUGAUUAUCUGACCCCCCACCCCGUGCCCCCUCGGGUGUUGAUCUGCUCUCUUAAAGAUGCACUUUGUUCUUGUUUUCUUUUCAAGUACACAGAUGAAUCCUAUUAGAGAGGCUUUGAAUUUAAUCAUCUUUUGAUUUUUUUGGCCCAGAUUCACCAUUUGGCCUUCUAUUUACAAGAGACAAACUCUGGUAAAAAAUAACAGUUUUGGUCUGUAUAGCCCAUCUCUUUAUUAGUACACACUGUACAAGUAAUAUUUUCAAACCUUGUCCUUAUUAAUUAAGUUGGACCAAGCGGUAAGAUUAAAUUUGCAUAAUUUGGGGUGCAGCAAGUCCAUUUGCAGAUGUGCAAAUUGUAUUCAUUGCGUGUGUUUCAAAAUAGAUGAUACCAUUUACCGUGAUGCACGAACAGUUUGAGCUUCCUCUGCUGGCUGUCAUGGACCUGACCUCCUCCAUGUAAACAGAUGGAACAUAAACUGUACACGAUCACAGAUUUUUUUUUUUUAAACAGUCAUUAUUGUUUCAUUACAGUAUUGUUAUUUGAUUUUAAAAUGAUGGUUGAUUGACAGCUCAGUUGACAAAUGCAGGACAAGGGUCAAUGGACUUUUCCAUUGCUACAGUAUAAGAUAAUGCUGACCCUGUGAACCAAAUCAUAUUGUAGAGUUCGUACACAUCAGUCUCCACUUUCUCCUGUCUGCCUGGUACACAGUGUACCAGAUCGAUUCAGAUAUAUAGAGUCUUAGUUCCUUUUGGAGGGUCAGUGUUUUACUGCAGGUUGAAGCUUUAUGUUCAUGAUUAAGGUGAUCUAUUUUUGUGAGCACAAAGAGCUCUGAAAAGUUUAGGUCAUCACACACUCUCAGAGGUGCAGUGCAAUAAAUGAGAUCCCUGCCUCAGAUAUCAUGCUGCUGGUGCUCUGUAUUUUCUCCUUUUCACAAAAAUAAGAAAACAAUAUGAAGCUUUUUCAAAAAACUAUGAAGAAGAAACAGCACAUUAUCAGUUUCCAUGUGAUCUAGUAUGUCAUACCUCACAAUAUGUCUGCGUAUAAGCAUAUUUAAGUCUGUCCCUGGUUUUGGUGCUUAUUCAUAUAACACUUUCCUCCCCUGCAAUUAUUAAUCAGCAUGUUAUUUCUUCCUCAUUACUUUUCUUCUUGUUUUGCCUCUGACCUUCCCUCCAUGUUUUUGCAUACACAGUGAGUCAGCAGCAUGCGCACCUCCACACAAACACACACAUUUGCACACAGAAAAAUCCCUUUGGCUUUAAAUCUAUCAGCCUGGAGGAGACCCACAAGUGCUGUUCCCUUUUUUUUUCCUCCUCUGGUUUGUUAGAUCAUCAACCGUCAGCCAGUCACAUACUCCUGAUGCUGCACACGCUCGCUGCACUGCAGUGAGCCAGCAUUUAUUCAGAGAGAGAGGGAGAGAGAGAGAGAGAGAGGGAGCAAAGGAAGAUGAAUGGAUGAGACAGACUGAGCCAAGAGUGAGAGUGAUUGGAGGAGAGGAAGUCAUGAGGGCGAGUAAAAGAGGAAAGAGCGAGGGAGGGGGGGAGAUGAUGUAAAAGCUGAAAUACAAUCUGGACAAAUCGCCUCUCCUCAACUUGACUCACGUGUGUGCGCAGACCCAAAAACACAGCGAGGAGCCGUGUGUCUCACUCACACAUGCGUCUCCGUCAGCUCCCGUUCGGCUGGCUGCUGCUACCUGCAGGGGAGCAUCAUCUGGUGUCAGGACUUACAUGACCUGAAGGGGGGUUUAAAGGGAAUUUUCCUGCAGUUUUCACCCACAUGGAGGCAGAGUUUAGGUGUGUGUGCUGGAGUGGAUGACGCCUGUUGAUCUACCUAUAGAUGCAGCACUGUAAGUCUUUCUUUUCAUAGAUUUAAAUGCAUGUUGUGGUUUCUUUGAUAUGUUUUGCAUUAUUGUAACUUUGAAAUAUUUGUUUAAAUUUGCAAAAACUCCUCUGAUCAUGCAUGAACUGCACCACUGAUAUUCCCCCCUCUCAUGCGUAAACUCUGCUGUAUGUGUAUGAAGUGAUCGCUCAAUCCAGCAGGAAUUCUUCUGCUCGGCUUGUGUGGCUCUGAUUAUGUAAGAGUGGAGCAUUUUGAGGCUGCUUCGACCUUGUGCACCGUCAGCACAGGGCUGCUUCUGUUGUCCUGUUGUGUCUGUCUGCAUGGAUUUAUAAUCAGAGCCAUAUUUGACGCUCUGUUCAUCUGCUUAAUCUGCCCUGUGGAGUCGGUAAGUUCUUAACAUGCAGUCUGGGAGCUAAGCUUCUGUAUGUGCAUGUCCAUGCUUGCAUAUUACAUGCUAUUUCAUGUAUUUCCAAAUGGAGAAUAGUGCUAGGAUUGUCUAAAACAAGACUUAAUUUUAGCCACAUUUGGGUCAGGUUAGUAUCCUGAUGCCACACUUCUUUUAUGUAUCAGUUUCAACUGCUAGAAAACCUCUCUAAAGCUGGGCAAUUUGGCAACAGACACUAAAAACAUCACAUACAAGCAUUGGAAAACAUCUGGUUAUGACCCACUGACAGCAGGACACCUUCAUGGUAUCAUCCCAACAGCAGUUUCUAUUCUUAGUUUCUUUUUUAGGCUUACUAGACCACACAUGUCAGGUUACUUGCUCUGCUUUCAGACAGUGAAGGAAGGCAUUGAGGAAAGGAACAUAAAGGAGGAGAAGGAGAGGGUGUACUAUAGGAAAACUCAGUCCCGCAGGGUUUCCUCUCAAGCAGCAGAGGUGGCCUGUUUCUGUCCUCCAUCUUCAAUGAGAGGAGACAAUAAAAGCACUGACACACUUUCUGUGUCAAAGUUAGAAACCAGAUAAACGUUACCGAGGAGACAGAUGCAAGGACGUUAUAAAACAUGUUUAAGAUAAAACUACAGAUCAACUUAUACUCCUGCAAAACCAUGAAGAAUCUGUAAAUGUUAUGUAGUAAUACUGUCACGUGUUUUCGUAAGGUUGUAAGUUGUGUCUCUUGCUGCAGGGAGCUGAACAUGGUGUGCCUGCGUUUGCUUCGUAAUUAAAUAUUUAUCACUCAGAGUGCUUUUUGAGAGGAAUAUCCACUCAAAGCUGCGCCACUCAUUCAAGCGGUGCUGCUGCGCUGGCUUAAAACGUGGAAGUUAAUGCCUAAAGAGGUUGCUCUUCUUCAUACUUUUCUGUAUGAUGAAUCAUUUCAUUACUACACAGAAUCACCAAUGUCCUUGACCAAAACUGAUCCUGGUACCUCAACUCAGGGUACCUGCUGGGUGCUGAUUCACAAUUCUUUCCCUGCUUUAAGUAUUUGUAUGAAAGCCAUCUCAGUAUUAAUCUUAAAUGUGGGACAAAAUGAGGCUAAAGAACAAACUAAACUAGUUAAAUCCAGAAUGUGACAUAGCACACACACACUGAAAGUUGUAAACAUCUGUAUCAGUCACAUCUGGAAGAAUCCAAUUCAUUGAGGUGCCUCCUGUGCUAAUCUGAGUGGUCAUGUGAGUGAAUCCAUUAUACUGGUCUUUGAGGAUAUCAUCCCCUGGAUAGACUCGUUUGAGGUUUUCAAGCCUGGAUUGGUGCAAAUUGGGCACAAAUGUGUGAUUAAAUGAUUCACAAAACAACUGCUGCAUAAACUCUGUUGGUUUUUUGAUGCAGAGAAGCAGUUGAAUGUUUUAUCAUGUCGGGGAAAUAACUCUUUUGGACUUUAAGACACUUAAAUGCGUGGGUGCAUUAUAUAAACUGGAUACCAAACUGAGAGAUGGUCCCGCUCCACAAAAUGUGAAGGGAAGUUUUCUGAUAAAAAGCUCCGGAUCAUGUGGUGAGAUUAUUUUGUUGGUUCCCAGAGGAUUUAGAGAAAAAACAAAUUAAACGGCAGAUGGGACCUCCAAAAUUAGAACUCCUACAAUUAGAAAAUGAUCUCUGAUGACUGAUGCUGAUUGUUAUUGUCACACAAGCAUCACCCCACCCCAGUGUCUGAAUUUAUAACAAUAAAACAAAAGUGGUUUUAUUAAAAGAAAUCAUGUGAGCAUUUUAUCCUCAGCAUGACCAUGUUUUAGAUUAUUUUGUUGCAGUGACCCCAGAUUAAUAGUUUUUUUUACUCAGAUUUUUUUCCCAGAAUUCUGAAUUUAAAGCCAAGAUUCUGAUUUUCUUUUCUCUAAACGCUUCGAUAAAAGUUUGAAUUCUGAUUUUUAUCAAAAUUGUGACUCUAUUCUCAGAAUAAUGAGGUUGAUGUCAUAUGUUUGAGAGAAGUCAUAACUCAAAGUAAAAAGUUUGAGUUCUUUUUUUUUCAUGUUUCUUGCAGUUAUUUUUAAGACUCUUUUUGGGCUGCUAAAUUGAGAGAUGUUCACUGUUUUUGGCUUCCCUCAGCCACAGGAGCUGUUUGGUGCCUCUGUUUGUGUUUCCUCUCUCAGUGAGGGGAUAGAAAGAAGAAAGACACUUGACUUUGACCUUUCAUCUUUACACCCUGCAGCUUUCCACUCACUUCUGUGGAUCGUCACAGUGUGUUUGAUCAUAUAAGGUGUACUCCUGCUGUGACCUCACCUCUCUGUGUCCUCUCUCUGUUUCCCUCAGCAGGGUCCAGGGUAAGAGGAAGAGGGACUCGUAUGUCAGAGUUUUAGGAUGGCCAGUGAAGGCACCACUAUUCCCAGCCCCGUGGUCCGUCAGAUUGACAAGCAGUUCCUGAUCUGCAGCAUAUGUCUGGACCGCUACGAGAACCCCAAAGUCCUGCCCUGCCUACACACCUUCUGUGAGAGGUAAGUGGAGAUACUGCUCCUAAUGUGGGAAUGUUUGCUGUUUAAAUCUUGUUAAACUGCAUGUUAACUAGAUCCAUGUGAGAGGGAGAUUUGGGGUUUGAAUUUGUGAAUGGUUAUUGGAAGACAAAACCAGUUAUGAAGGUCCAGAUAGAACUAUUCUAUUUGUUUCUUUAAUGCCGUGACGCUACGCUGGACAAAAGUUGUACACCUAAUAGAAAAGGUCAAGACGUUUAUCUUCAGCUACACUAUGUUUUCACUAAGAAUGAUGCCAUUAAGAUACAGAACAAUACUAAGAGCAAACAAUGCACUACAAAAAAAUUACACCAAAAUAGCAGCAUUCAUUCUGCAUUUAACCCAUUUAGUUAUUUUGGGUUGCUGAAGUUUUAUCUUUCAAUCAUAUAAGGGGAGUUGAAGCAACAGCACUGCAUAAACUCUGUAUGCAAAAAAAAAAAAAAAAAUCCACCUUCGAGGAGCUUGUUAAAUCAGACUUGUUUCCAGAUUGGUGACAAAGCAUUCCCAGUUAAUCCCAGGUUUCUUUUAAAGGGUUUACCUGGAUUAAGAAGAAAUGGGAUUCUCAUGGCCCAUGAAUAAACACCCAAUCCUUGUGUUUAUCAGACACAUCUGCAUUUAAAAUGAAACUUGACGCUGUAGUAAGAUGGACAAGACGUCAAAACAAUCCUCUGACAGCUACAGUCGGUAACUGGAGGAGUUUGAUCAUCCUUUGAGAUGAUGAGCAGGAAUAUAGUCAUAUACAAUCAGAAACACCCAAAUAAAGUACCUUUCACUAGAGCUGGGUGAUAUGGGAAAAGGUUUAUCACAAUAUAUUUUUUCCAUAUCAGUCGAUAUCCAUAUAUAUCAAGAUAUAAAAAAUGAAAUUUAACAAUCUUAUUUGUAGCAUGUCUUUUGCAAUGUAUGUAUCUGUGAGGUCUUUGUGUCUCUUCGACGUUUUGGCGUAAGAAGACUGAAGUGCUAAGGUUGCGUGUAGCUGCAGCCUGCUACUACGCAGUUGUUUGCUACUUGGUUCUAAUUCAGCACUUGAUUAGUUCAGUGCGAAGUGGACCCGGACCAACUCCCCUUUUCAUUAACUAUUUGUAUAGUCCAACAAAACAUGUCAGAACUAUUGACUAUUGAAAAGCAUAUUGACCAAGUUUUAUAUUGAUAUUGAGGGAAAUUAAUUUUCGAUAUAUAUCGUUAUCGCUUUAUCGCCCAGCCCUACCUGUCACUAUAUAUGAUCUAUAUGUAGUUAUAUAAAUAUAUAUCACUGAGAUACAGUAACAGUAAUAUCAGGAUCUUGAAAUCAAUAUGAAGACGGUGUGUUUGUUUGUUUGUGUGUUUGUGUGUGUCAUCCUCUGUGACAGUUGUCUCUUGUCUCUGCCACCAAGAGAAAGAGUUGACUGUGCCGGUCUGUCCCCUAACUCUGGUUGCUUCUGGAGAGUCAUUACACUGAUACACAGAACAAUGAUUGAUUUGAUCUCAGCGUAUUCGUUUAUCUUUGACUUGUUUGUGUUCAAGAACGUUUGCCUUUAACUGUAUUUCAAACCAUGAGGAAUAGAAACUACAACACAGGGGGAAAUGGACUUCGGCAUUAUUGUAUUGAUUUAUGUAUGGAUUCUUAACCUUCUUCCUGUGUUAGCUUUUACCACAUACCCACUAUGUUAAGGGUCGGUUUCAACCCGUGUCUUAAAUCAGCUGUUAAUGACACUAAAACCAUUUCCCUAUCAUCCAAUUUGGUUCUCAUCUCUAGGUUACCUUGUUAGGCUUCAUUAUCCAUGAAAAUAUUGCUGAUAAUAUUUUGUUGUGGGCCUCUGGGCUUUUCUUUGUCAGUAUACCUCUCAUACAGAUAUCUAUAUUGAAUUGAUCUCACGUCUGGACAUGCCUGACGUUGUUUUUUGUGCAGGUAAAAUCAUGGCAAAAUGAGAAUUUCCUGAAUUUCACAUGAUUGGAAGAGGACUGUCAGUGUGGUGCCUGAAAGUGCAAAUAUGAUUUUAGUUUUUGCUCUGAUUAUUAAAUAUUAAUCAAACCCAGUCAACAGCGAAAAAGCUGAUUUAUGUGAUUUAUGGUGGUUCUUUUAAGCAUUUAAAAACAAAAACAGGUCGGUGCUGACCCUAACACAGGAGGAGGGUUAAAGCCUCCCGUGCUUUAAAGUGUUUCUGACCACAUUCAUCAUGUUGCUGACUCUAGUGAGAGGAGUGACGACAUCCCUCUAUGAGCACACAUACUUAGUCAAUAAAGCUGGUUCUGAUCUAAUGUUUCUCAACACAAUGACAUUUUAUUAAAAAGCAGACACACAGUGUUGUAUAAUCCAAACAAUGACCCAUUAGCAUCAUUAGUUUUCUACAUCACCAGCUUAUUCAAUUCUAAGUAUUGUGUGUAGAUCCCAAAGGCUGCGUAUACCCACACAGCUGUUUUCAAUGUUGCUGAUUAGAUGACUCAGAUGGAGGUUGUUAUUGAGUCUCUGCUUGUUGAGGUCAUCAAGUACUUAUAUAAAUGAUAAAAAAAAAACUUCAUUUUAUUUCUAUAACUGUUUCAACAGUUUGCAUACUCAAGCUUCAUUUUAUAUGUUUUCACUUUGGGAGAGUAUUUUUACAUAUUUUUAUUGUAACUCAAUUAAAUGAUCGAAAUGCUGCUGGUCAAAAGUAACUGUAGAGUUUAUAUGAUACUGUAAUAGAAAAAGUUUUAAUAUAAAUUAAAAUUAAAGGUUGACAGAGAAAGGAUUUCAAGGAUCGUGGCAGGGAUAACGUGUCUGUCUUCACAAGACUGUCAAAUUUUCUUGAAGAAACUCAGCUUGUUCUGUUUAAAAUAUUUUAACCUCUAGAUGGCAGCAGAGUCCUGAUAAGCUCUUGUUUUAUUCUUUUCAUAUUACAUAACUGAUAAAGACUUAGUAGAUCUUAUUUGUGUUCAUUUUAAAUUACAAUCAUUUGAAAGGUGACAAAGACUGGAAUAAAGACACGUAAUAGUUAAAAAAAAGUCACUAUAAUCAUAAUGCGAGCUGUAUAUCUGCUGUAAAUCGCUGUCUUUGCACAGAGAGCUGAGUCCUCUGUCUCUCCUGUUCUGUCUUCAUAAACCACAUAAAUCUCACCACCUACAUCUCCCUGCAGACUGUCUUUGAUCACUCUUAUUAAAGGCUGCUCCCACUCAGACUCAGUGUCCCUGCUGCUCUCCUCCUCCUCCUCCUCCUCCUCCUCCUACAGGUGCCUUCAGAAUUACAUCCCAGCCCACAGCCUCACCCUGUCCUGCCCUGUGUGCCGCCAGACCUCCAUCCUGCCGGAGAAAGGUGUGGCGGCAUUGCAGAAUAACUUCUUCAUCACCAACCUGAUGGACGUGCUGCAGCGGGCUCCGGACAGCUGCAGCCAGGAGGCCGCCGCCCUCAACACCAUCACCACUGUGGCUGCUGGACAACUGCUGUCCUGCCCAAACCAUGGAGGCAACGUAAGGGUCGCCCAGGAGCACACUGUGUCUGUCUGCAUUUAACCCUCUCUCUUGUCUAAGUCUAGAGUUUGGGGUAUUUAAGUCCUAGUCGCAGAAGAAGAAUCUAAGUUGAGUUUCCAUCACCAGAGUCUGAGUGUCUGAGUCUAUAACCUGAGGAUUUCCACUCUAAACCCUUCACUGUUUAAAGUGGGGCUGACUUGUGUGGGAUUUUUGGAUUUGUAGGAAAUAAUUUCAGGUUUUUACUAAGUUAUCAACAAAGUUACAGCACUGUGCUUUGUGUGUAAAUGUGCACCUUGGUUGAUUCUCUGGGCCGAUUUUGGCAAUCUACAUCAGUUCUACAGAUGACUUAUAAAAUAAGUUUAUUUGAAAGUGUAGUACUUUUUAAAGUUAUAGUCUUGGGCAUUUUUGCCCUUAUUGGGUAGGACAGAUGAAGAGAGACAAAAAAUGUGAGGCAGAGUGAGUGACACCAUGCAACAAAGGCUAAGACUUGACCACUGCAAUGGAGAAGUAGGUGGAUGGUAGAUUUCAUUCAUGAACAGCACAUGAAAGUCUGAACUAAAUUACAAUCUGACAUAUUUCAGUCAGGACCAAAGCAGUCGUGACCAACAUUCCCAUUGAAUACUGCACAUAUGGCUAAAACAUUAUGGACUAAACCUCCACCCUGUCUUUAAAUCCAAUCUGCAUUUUUUCCUGCUGCUUAGGUCAUGGAGUUUUACUGUCCGCCCUGCGAGACGGCCAUGUGUCAGGAGUGUACGAGCGGAGAACACGGAGAACACCCAACUGUGCCUCUGAAAGACGUAGUGGAACAACACAAGGCCUCAUUACAGGACCAGCUUGAUGCAGUCAAGAAGAGGUACAUCAGUCUGUCUGCAUGUAGCAGUUCUUAUAACUCAAAUGAAACAAACACAGCCAUCUUUUAUGUGUUAACUCUGUUGUACAAUCUCUGCUCAUGCUGUUGCGCUCAGGUUACCAGAAAUCGACUCGGCCUUGCAGACGCUGUCAGAGAUCCUGCAGCAGCUGACCAAUCAAAAGAGCUCCAUAGAGGAUGACAUACACACAACAUUUGAUGAGCUGCAGAAGACUCUGAACGUUCGCAAAAGCGUCUUACUGAUGGAGCUGGAGGUCAACUACGGCCUUAAACAGAAGGUAAACUCGCAUAGCAUGAGAAAUGUUGCUCGGUUUACUCCAAAACACAUGCAGAGGCAAGUUUAAGUGCUAGGCUUGCAAUGUUGGUGUUGGGAUGUCACCCUCCACCAACAAUUUUUGAAGAGGCUUUUUAAAGCCUAAAGAUGUAGGUCACCAAGUUGGAAAUGUUGAAUCCAACUACUGCCUUACUGCUGGCAGCUACAAUACAUCCACCUGUCAGUCAAACAAACGGCAACACUUCGUAAUAAUACAUAACUCUUCAACUUAAUCAAAAUAAAUUAGGAGUUAUCUAAGUUGUCUCAAAAAGACAUAUAAAAUUAAAAACUGUUUUUAUUUGUACCAGUUUAUAAAACAUGUUUUCUGCUGUAAAAACUGACUCCAUUGAGGGUUUCCGUCUUUUGGAGCCAGCCUCAAGUGGACAAUUGCAGAACUGCAGUUACAAUUUCAUUGUUUAUUUAAUUUUGAGUAUAUGCAGUUGAAGUUGCAUGACAUGUUUGCAGUCCAAACUGUAAGCAAAAAAGGUGUUGUGUCACUUGUUUUUACAGUUUUUGACCAAGAUUAAAGUACAUCAUCUACCUCUUGAAGUGGCUGUACCGACAUUACUGCAUUGCUGCCCCCCACUGGGCUGUAAAGGAACUGAAUGUGGGCUGAGAAAGACCUUCAAUAAAAAGAUUUUAAGUUAAUAACUUACUUCUCACAAGGAUCAUUACAUUGUGAUUUUACUUUUGUUUAUUCAUUAUAUUUGCUUAACAUUGGCUUUAUUGGCAUUCGAUUGCUGUAAGUUCAAUUUGUGAUGUGUUUGAUAAAAUAGAUAAUGCAGAAAAAGCUUUUAAAAAUGAUCACAGUAAUGACCUGAUUGCAGUCACAGGCCAUUUUCACUGAUCUAUGUGUCAGAGAGCCCAGAUGGUCCGAUAGAUGAUAAACAGGGAGAUUGGGGGGGGGCUGGGGAAUAAAGCACCACCCAAACCCAGACAUCCAAUCAUACGGUCUGGUUAUGAGCAAACCACCGCCCCCUCAGGGAGCUGCGUCACAUGGGUCACUACUGAUUAACAACUGAGUGGAUGAAGUGCGGUCAAAAUGCUGAACCCGAGGGAAAGUCAGACAUGAGGAUUCAGCUGUGUUGUUGCUCGUAGCUAGAUGGAGCCAGUGCUCUGAGUGUACUGUUUUGGUGAUUUGGGUGUGUCAUGAGCAGAGAGGGAACACAGAGUUGCUCUGCUCGUCAUGCUGUAAACACACUGUUUACCCUAAAACUAGAUGUCUGUUUGGACAGAGACCUCAGCGUGUGAGUGAGGAAGUGCAGAGUGAAGGAGAUAGCUGAAGUUGGUGAGAGGAAAUGUUUGACUCUAGUGGGAGUUAAAUGGAUAAAUGGCCUCUGUUGUUGCUGUUGUUGAAGAGGAGGAGUGUGAUGACCAGAUUGAGGUGAGUCUGUCCUUGUUCUGUCUACAGGGUGAAGUCAUAUCUCAGUGAGAAGGAGAAAUGUUGAAAAGUUUAGUGACAAAGGACACAGUCAGGAUCACAGUCAGAAAUUGUAAUGAUCUAAACUGUGACUUUUGUUACAUUAUUAUGAGCCAAAAUGGUGACAAUUCCCACUGUCUUAAUCUACAUUACAUUAAUAACUGACUCAGGAUUAUUCAUUGUUAGAAAUAAUCACUUAACAAUGGCUUUGUUGAAUAAUUGUAAGUACAAUGUGCUGUCCGUGGAUACGUUAUUGUGUAGGGAUUUAUAGAUGAUCAUGUCAGCAGCAGGGUUUUUUAAUAGUGGAGUUCUUACUAAGAGACUUGGUGGUCAAUUUACCAAACUAUCUUUUUUGGUUAUAAACAAAUCCCAGAACCUGCAGCUGAGUAAAACCCUUAUCGUCAUAUAAAACAGUUCACAUUAAUGUGUUUUUGAUCAUUUAAACCUUGCUGCUCUUCUAUCGCAAAGCUCAAAUUUUUCAUGUCAUGCCCAAUGCUUCAAUUUCACACUGACGGUCUGAUGUAAAACUCCUACAUGCCUCUUACACAACAGUGAAGCCUGUUAGGAUUAAUGUGUGGGCUUUUAAAGUGGACCAACAGUCUCGCUCACUGAUUUCCCGAUUGUGGUUUGGGUUCCCCCAGGGGGCUUGAUAAGUACAUGUGGUUGAAUGAAAGAAAAAGACUGAAAAAUUUCUGCUACCAGUGUUGGCCAUGUUUAACUCAGCGUCCUUAUCCUCUGUGAGUUGUAGUAAGUAGAAAUCUUCUUUUUUUUUUGGCUAACCAAGCAGCAACUUCCUGUGUUAAAAAUGAAGUCACCGUAGACUUGCAAAAAUGUAACUUCUGAAUGUAUCUACUUAAGACUGGCUGCCAAAGCUGAGGAAUCAUAAUAUUUGGUCCCAUAUUAAGGAAAAGCUCCUUUUUUUUACAGCAAUUUACUCAAACUUCUGAAAAUACACAUACUGCAGCAGAAUAUAACAACUGCCAAACCAAACAUCCUAAAUGUACACUUACUGUACAGAGUUAAGUGUUUUUCCAAACAAGUUUAAACACUGCUGUCCUUAUCAGAGAGAUUCAGUGGUGUCUCUGUGGCGUCUAUGUCCAGUUCAUUUCUUUGUAAAUUAUAAUAAUCUACAAUACUGAACCAUUUUUUUUAAAGUAGUCAGGUUCUCUCUGCAUCGUUUCCUGGUUAUAACUUAUAAUGAAACCUUAAAGGGAUAUUCUGGCAUAAAGUUAGGGUCAAUCACACUGUAACACCGAGUUAGACACCCUGUCAAGAGAUGAAUGUUGCUGACCUCUAGCUUCUCUAGUUAUACCAACUUUAGUAACGACCGCACGAUAGCAAUACACAACACUCUGAGGAGCCAUAAACAAACCUCAACCAAAACACCACUCUAUAGCCACAAACAAUGCUCAGAACAGCACCUAACCUCAUCAACACUGGCUCCUGGGGUCCGUUUCACGUAGCAGGUUUAGUGGAAACUCCGAGUUUGUUAACCCUGAAAUCAGGGAAACUCUGAGUUUUCCGUUUCACAAAGGAGGGUUAGUUAAACCAGGGAGAGAGGGGUAACUCUAACCUGUUUCACAAAGAGAGGUAACUCAACCUCGCGGUCAGUUACCACAGUAACAGACUCCGUGAACCUAACCUGCUCGGGAGCAGGUUUAACUCAGUAAACCCAGAGUUUCAGGUGAGACAUCGGCAUUUUCUCAUUUUGAUCAUGUUUUACAUUGUCAAGUAAGUAUUAAGUGGCAGUUUGAUCCCUUAAAAAUGCUCUUUUCACACUCAAAACUGAAUUUUACUCUCUUAUUAUGUUCCGUUAAAUGAUUAAGAAUAUUAAACUAACACAAAAACGGGUGGUGGUCCAGCAGCCCCACCUUUAACGGAGGCAGAGGAGCUGCCCCCCCCCACAGACACACACACACACACACACACACACACACACACACACACGCACACCAGUCCGACGAUCGCUGCCACGAGGUGGGGGUUUCGAUCGUCGAGGGGGGGCAGCUCCUCUGCCUCCGUUAAAGGUGGGGCUGCUGGACCACCACCCGUUUUUCUGGCAUCUGCCCUCUUUCUGUUUACUGAGUAAAAGUCUAAUAUUGAGUGUAGUGUGUGUUAGUUUAAUAUAUGUACAUAUACAUACUGAGAGUUAGUUUAAUAUUCCUAAUCAUUUAACGGAACAUAAUAAGAGAGUAAAAUUCAUUUUUGAGUGUGAAAAGAGCAUUUUCUAAGGGAUGAAACUGCCACUUAAUACUUACUUGACAAUGUAAAACAUGAUCAAAAUGAUUCAAGCAGUUUCCCUGCAACAGUCUGUCAUUGUGAUUGCACGAGACUAGAUUUAAAGUUACGCAUUGACGCGAGCAGCGAUUUCCUCCCAAGCCCUCUCCCUCUCCUCUGCAGCUGCUGCUGUAUUGCACUUUCUUUAAAAACGUGCUGUAAUUCGCUGUUGGCUUGCUGCUGCCCCCUCCUUCUCCCUGUUUCCAUUGGUUGAUCAUUGAAUCUGCGCUCCACAGAUGCUGGCUGUUUAUGUCUGGCGUGCACGUGCUUAACUCCAGGUCAAACUACUCGGAGUUGUUAAAACCGUCUCAAAUCAGGUGUUGUGAAACCGGAAACUCAGAGUUUCCUAACUCAGAGUAGAUCAACUCAGAGUUAAGGAUUUAACUCAGAGUUUGUUGAACCACCUACGUGAAACGGACCUCAGGUCAGCAACUGAAUUGAUUUCAAGAAUCAGCUUCUGACCUUCAAAACCAUCCAUAACCUUGCUGCUUUGUACUCUUGUACUUUCUUUCCACCUGCUUGUUUGACCACCAUUGGCUUCCUGACUUUAGAACUCCCUCCCAGCAGACAUCUGUCACAUUAACUCUCUCUCUAUUUUCAAACCCUGCCUUAAAACUCAUCUUUUCAAACUGACAUAUUCAGUCUGACUGAUUUCUUUCAGUAGACCUAUAUUCAUUGUUUUAACAUAUAUUGUGUGGACUGAUUUAUUUGUCUUGUUUUAACCCUCUCUUGUAAAGCAACCUUGAGUGCUUGGAAAGGCGCCUACAAAAAGAAAGCAUUAUUAGCUCUACCUUUUUGCCUGUUUCUAGGUUAAUUAAAAGUUAUAUUGAGUCACUUGUUACUUCCACUCUGUGGUCUCAAGCUCAGAAAGAACAGGAGCUAGUGGUCUGUCUUACCACAAAGUAACUCUGCUGCCCCCUGCUGAUUAUGUUUUUAGGUGCUCCAGGCCCAACUGGACACCCUGCUGCAGGGUCAGGAUGGAAUCAACAGCAGCUGUAACUUCACAGAGCAGGCACUGAGCCAUGGCACAGAGGCCGAGGUGCUUCUGGUGAAGAAACAGAUGAGUGAGCGUCUCAUUGAGCUUGCCAGCCAGGAGCUUCCUCUGCAGCCCAGAGAGAACAACCAGCUGGACUUCAUCGUGGAGACGGAGGGACUCAAGAAGUCCAUCCAUAACCUGGGAACUAUUGUAACCACUAACGCUGUGGCCUCUGAGACUGUAGCUACAGGUGAAGGGCUCCGGCACUGUGUGGUGGGUGUUCCCACCUCCAUCACAAUAACAACCAAGGACAAAGACAGAGAGCUUUGCAAGAUGGGAAACGCAGUCAUCAGGGCUGAAAUCUCCUCACCUGACGGCAGCAAAGGUGAAGGAGAGAUCCUAGACAACAAGAACGGGACCUAUGAGUAUCUGUUCACAGCUCCUAAAGAGGGGACUUUUAACUUAUCUCUGCAGUUAUACGACCAACACAUUAAAGGAAGCCCCUUCAAAAUAAAAGCCACCAAGUCUAUAGAUGUGUCGCCAACUUGUGAUGGCAUGAAGAAGAGGCUGAAGUCUCCAGGGAGUGGUCACAUCAAGCAGAAGGCCAUCAAGAGGCCAGCCAGUAUGUACAGCACCGGGAGGAGGAAAGAGAACCCCAUCGAGGACGACCUAAUCUUCAGAAUCGGUGAGAAAACAGACCCUGACUGUGCAGAAAGGGUGGAUAUCAAACCUCUUAAAAUUUUCUGGAAUCAGUGAAAAAAGCUGCAUCAUAUCAGGAUCUUUUGAAAUAUCUCUGAUAAGAUUUGUCGGCUGCUGAAAUUUUAUAAUAUCAAAUUUUCUAUUUAUCUCUUUGCGUGAAUACUCUGACUCUUUUCCUCAAAGGGAAAAAUAGUUAAGAUCAUAUGUCUUUGUUUGUUGGUAAUAAGAUUUUUAUGUUGGUAUAAAUCAUAGACUGUAUAUAAGAUGGACAGAGUCUGCCUCCUCGCUGGGUGAAGCCACUCCGAGAACAGCACCCUCUGAUGGUGGGCUGCAGUACAGGUCAUAAAUCCCGCCUCCGCCAGCAAAACUUAUGGGACUGUGGACAAACUUUAGAAAUUUAUUACACAGAACAUAAAUUUUUCUCCCCCCUGCUUGUGAUGUUGACAUGUAGUCACAGUAAGACUGGUUUGUGCCCAAGUCCUUUUUUUUCUGUACAGCUCCGUUUUUAAAAGUUAUUAGGGGGUUCAUGUUUUCUAUGAUUGACACCUGGUACAGCCUAUGGGCGUUCAGGGAUUGCGUAGCUCUUCCGGGGGAAUACGCUGUUUGACCCGAGCGUCAUCACAGGGACUCUCGGCGACUGCGCGGCCGAAUGCGCACAACGCUACUGCACAGCUCUGGUUUCAAGGAAGCGGAGAAAAACCCGGAAUUACCGAGAGCUUUUUGGCUUCAAAUCCGUAUACAGGCGGAAGGCGGAACCACGGCGUCCAUCUUAUAUACAGUCUAUGGUAUAAAUACAUUGUGUUAUAUGUGGAACUAGUAAAAUAAAAAUUGUUUAUGUUCAUUUCCACUUAGCUUUGAUGCUAACAUCUAGUUGAUUUGUCAUAAUUAAUUCAUCCCUGAUGUUUUUCAAACAUCUCCUUGUUCUGUUUGAAACGUAACCCUGAAUACUUGAAACAGGAUCUGCAAUUAUGCUCUAAAGCUUUUUAUGACUAGAUGUUUUUACGGGGCUUUUGUUGAGCUACAGUCUGUUUUUCUAUCAUUAUUGCCAUUUUAUAUUCAAGCAAAAUACAUCCAUCUUUUAAAUACAGGGUCUAAAUCGUCAAUCUACUGAUCUCAAUGUUUUCCAGGUACUAAAGGUAGAAACAAAGGGGAGUUCACAAACCUACAGGGAGUGGCCGCCUCCUCUUUGGGAAAGGUGCUGAUAGCUGACAGCAACAACCAGUGUGUCCAGGUAUAAAUGACCUCCAGUGCUCUCACAAUACAACCGAAAUAGCAGAGGUCACCAUAAAUCAUUGGUGCAGCACCAUAGGUCACUGUUAACAUUCUCUACCCAGCCAUCUCUCCAGUGUGAGUAAACUUAUCUUUUACAUUGAUUUUUGAUGUUUUUUUGCUUCAGGUUUUUUCUAAUGAUGGUCUGUUCAAGAGCCGGUUUGGGGUCCGAGGCAGGACCCCAGGUCAGCUGCAGCGCCCGACCGGUGUGGCCGUUCACCCCAAUGGUGACAUCAUCAUUGCUGACUACGACAACAAAUGGGUCAGCAUCUUCUCGGGUGAAGGCAAAUUUAAGGUGAGAUAAAGCCUGAUCUCUAACUAUGAGGUAAUGACUGCUGACAUCGAUAAACAUGUAAGGUGCAGCCAUAUAUACAGUUUUGAAAUAUGGGAGUCUGUUCUACAUAUUUUAUCCUUGAUUAUAGCUGUAAUGUUUGGCAUUUUACCGAUAUUGUAGUCAUGUAAGCCAGCUGUCUUUGUUAACAAUCAUGUAUAAUGAUUAGGUGUCUGAACCGCUGAAAUAAGACAUGAAUUCUUGAUUUUGCAGAAUAAAAUCGGCUCAGGGAAGUUGAUGGGUCCCAAAGGCGUGUCAGUGGACAGAAACGGACACAUCAUCGUGGUCGACAACAAAGCCUGCUGUGUCUUUAUCUUUCAACUCAAUGGCAAGCUGGUCACCAAGUUUGGUAACCGUGGCAACGGCGACAGGCAGUUUGCAGGUACACUCAAUGGUAAUAUGUGCACUGCCCCGUACAGUCUCUCUCUCUCCGACCAGAUCUCACCUGCAUGUGGAAUGAUGACGAAUGCCAAACCAGGAUCCCAUCAUCCUUUGACCUCAGAGGUUUUUCAGUUUGACAAAAAACAGUUUUUUUCCCCCUAAAACCAUUUACAGCAUCCCUCAAUGCUCAUUUAAUUCUUAAUGAAUUAAGUGGUCUUUGCUGUCCCAACAUACAGCAUGUUGUGCCACAUGUUAAGGUUUGGAUAUUUUAUACUUCAGUCUUGAUUUGGGGGGUUUCUUGUGUCAUUGUAUGCUUUUGUUUGUGCAUUUUCUAGCAUGUUUUCUUAAAAGCAACCUUCAUGAAGUUGUGUUAUAAUGAGGUAAGAAGACAUUAACGUUGAUCUGAGUCUUUGUUGUCUCCAUAAUUUAUGCAGGCCCUCACUUUGCUGCUGUCAACAACAACAAUGAGAUCAUAGUGACAGACUUCCACAACCACUCAGUCAAGGUGAGUACAGAGUCUGAGCAGGAAGAGUGCAUGACAAGUAUGUACAGAGUCAUUCACUUAGAGGAUUGGGAUUGGUCCAGAUAUGUUUAAUGCAAAAGGGAGUUCCACUUAAAUUGAAUAUUGUUGUUUUACUUUUAAGUUUUAUUUUAAUAUGCACAUGCUAUUUUGAAACUGUAGGUGUUCAACACAGAAGGAGAGUUCCUACUGAAGUUUGGUUCAAAUGGUGAGGGAAACGGGCAGUUCAAUGCCCCCACAGGAGUGGCUGUGGAUGUCAAUGGGAACAUCAUUGUGGCAGACUGGGGCAACAGCAGGAUACAGGUCAGUAUGACAGACCUAUGAUAGAAAGAUAAAGCAGAUUUUGACCCGCUUGGGUUCCAGUGUUUGACUUAGUGGCAAAGUUUUACACUUUGUAGAAUAAAUUUCAUACAUACUCUGUAAUAUAUUAUGGCUAAUUAAAACACAAAAUGAAAAAAGACAUGACCCAAUAAUAAAAAUCACUGCAGGGCACAAAGAAAUUAUAUCCACAGACUGCUUUCUGUGAACACAGUUUUGGUUGCAUCCAUAAAUGCAAUAAAAACAGUACUAUGCAAAGAAGACACCAUACAAAAACACGGUGAACUGAAGCAAAGCAAAGCAGAAAAUGCCCCUAUGGUCUGACAAAUCAAAAUUUAACAUUUUGUUUGGAAAUCAUGAACGCAGCGUCUUCCACUCUAAAGAGGGGAAGGAAUACACAUUUUGUUUUCAGGUUUACGGCCAGAAUCCACAAUGGUAUGGGGGUCACAUGGGUAGCUUACACAUCAAUGCUGAGCAGAUAUAAAGGUUUUGGAGCAACAUAGACUGCCAUCCAGACAAUCCUUUUUUUUCAGAGAGAGAGACCUUGUUUACUACUGCUGGUGUUUCUCAUCCUGCGGUCUUUUGAAAGCAAAAAUUAUCAUUUGAUGUUUAUUUUUUAUGCAGAAAUUGUACAAACAGACAUGAUCUGAUUUUUAAGUAUACUAAUUAAACAUCUCCCGUUUGUUUCCAGAACAUUAACACAUCUCUGCUUUUGUAUUUCUCUCUCCCUCAGGUGUUUGAUGGCAGCGGUUCUUUCCUGUCCUACAUCAACACCUCAGCAGACCCACUCUAUGGCCCACAGGGUCUGGCCCUCACCUCUGAUGGACAUGUUGUGGUCGCAGAUUCUGGCAACCACUGCUUCAAAGUGUACCGCUACCUGCAGUAGCCUCCCUCCACCUUCAGUGUACAGUGUAGAUAUUUACUCACAUGGACUUGGUAGCGUUGAGGGACCGGCAGUUUUGCACUCAUCCACUCACUCAUUCUUCCUUGUCGUCAUUGUGCCAUCUGUUUGACUGUUCUCCACUUGUGUGUCUCUGGCAUCACAUCCAACACUGAGCAAAAAAAACAGAAGAGGAGUCACUGUGGUUUGAAUGAAACAGGAGGAUCUCUGAUACUUUCAGGCGACUAAUGCUGAUUGGUGCUUUAUAGGAGACACUCAUCACCUACUUCAAUGUCUUCACAGUUUUUUGUAGAUCUAACUUCUAAAAUUGUACAUAUGUUUGACGUGUUAUGAGAUGGUGGUAAGACUGGAAAAUAACACAGUUGCACUUGUUCCUGGUUCAACACUGAGUUAUAUCAGACUGGUAUUACAGUAAAAACACGUGCAGUCACCUGAACAACAAAGGAAAUCAAUUUCUAAUUCCAGUAACUACAGCUACCUGUUCAAUACUCUUAAAAGUCCUCACAUUACAUAAAAACACUGUAGAUAGCAGGGUAUUUUAAAGCAUGAUUAUGCAUCUUUGUGCAUGCUGUUCUUACUUAUAAACACCGGAAAAGUUAGUGUGCACUUAUAGAAAUCUACUUUAAGCUGAUAAGUAACAACAGCACCAAAAGAAACUUACAAUCGAAGCACUGUUUGAGUAAAACCUCAACUUCUCUGUGAAAAUAUCUAGUGGAUGUUACAUGUCAUCACUCUAAAGUAACACACAGGUGAUUAAUAAUAAAACUCUGAUACCUUCUGCUGAAUUUGGUUUUACAAAAAUCACAUAAAGUGAUUGUGUAUGUUGUGAUUGUUAAGGUACCAAACAGAAGCCAUUUGAUACGUUGAUUUACAAUCUGCAGUGUGUUGGGGCAUGUGUUUGUGUACUCAGUUGUGUGUUUGAGUGUACUGUGUAUGAAGUCUCUUAACAUUAGGAUUUAGAAUCCGCUGUGAUCACAGUGUAAAUAUCCGUGAAUUUCAGUAAAAAGCUGCAAUACUUUUAAUGGAACAACAUACAACUCAGGCUGCAGAACUUUCAUCACCACCACUCAUUUCCAUGUGCUCUUAUUUCCUCUGUAGAACUAAUGAGAUUUAGUUUAAAACGUCAACUUCAAUAAUGCAGACGUAGUUCAGUAGUGAUUAAGACGUGUUUUAAAAAUGCACUGUAGAGAGCCUUAGUCCAAACUUAUUUGUCCUUAAGCACAGUUUUGAUUACUUGUUUUCCUGCAUUUGGUCACACAUUUUCUACACACCUCUGUUAAAUUAUUUGUUUUUCAUGGUCUUGUUUUUACCUGUAAUGCCAAAUGGAAAUAAAGUGCCCAUAAAAAAGAAAAUUCA